AUGUCUCAACAUAUCUUAUUACAGCUGGUGAUUAUCAUCUCCUGCUGGAUAACAAUAGCUUCAUCGUCAUCAUCAUUUGCUCAGACAAAACCAGGUUGCCAACUUAAAUGCGGAGAUGUUAGCAUUCCUUAUCCGUUUGGAAUUAUAUCAUCAUCAGGUGCCAACUGCUCCAUGUACGGAUCACAUGGGAGUUACGGCUUCAGCGUUAACUGCAAUACUACUUAUAAUCCUCCAAGACCCUUCUUAGCCGGCGUCACACCUGGUGAAAAUCAACAGAUGCUUGUUCGUAUGGGUAACCAGUUACAGACAGACAUCGAGGAAAUUGAAAUUCUAAGUAUAUCGGAGUCAGAGAUUCGCCUUAAAACCUUGCAAGCCAGUUCGUGUUACAACAAAUCUGGUGCUCUGCUAACACCGGCAACAGCAAAUAGCAUUUGGUAUUAUUUCGUCUGGAGUCCCUUCACAUUUUCUGACACUAAAAACAGAGUGUAUGGCGUCGGCUGUGCAACAUAUGCAUCAAUCGUAACGUAUGCUAAUGAUGAUCAAGAAAAGAACUAUUCAACUCAGUGUCAAUCCGAAUGUGUUAGUAGGGAAAGUGAGUACAAUCACGCAGGUUCUUGCACUGGCAGUGGGUGUUGUGAAAUGACAUUCCCAAAGGGGCAAAAAUCUUUCCAGGGAAUAGUGUCCACCACGCUCAAUCACACUAAGGUGUGGUCUUUCAAUCCCUGUAGCUCCGUUUUCAUGGCUGAGAAAGACUAUUACAAAUUCAAUGCGGACACUGACAUUCCAAACAUUCGCAAUAUACCUUUACCAGUUGUGCUUAAUUGGGCGAUCGGGAAUAUGACUUGCGAAGAAGCGCAGAAGAACCUGACGAGUUUUGCAUGUCAUAAGGAACACAACAGUUACUGUAUCGAUUCCGAAAAUGGUCGUGGGUAUCGUUGUUCUUGCUAUAAAGGUUAUGAGGGGAACCCUUAUAUCAGUCCUGGAUGCCAAGACGCGAACGAGUGUGAGGAUGAAACAAAUAACCCUUGUGAAGGAAUUUGCACAAAUCUUGUUGGGAGUUACAGAUGUUCUUGUCCGAAAGGCAGUACUGGGGAUGGGAGGAAAGAUGGGACUGGUUGCUCUAAAAAAAUUACAACAGUAAUAAAAAUUGUGAUAGGCGUCGGCCUGGCGUUGUUGUGUUUAAUCAUUGGUGGUUCAUUGUUAUUUUUAAACAUAAAGAAAAGAAAGUUAUCCAAACUCAGAGAUGAAUUCUUCCUACAGAAUGGUGGUAUGCUAUUAAAACAACAAAUAGGCUCACAUGCAGGUGCCAUAGAAUCAACACAAAUCUUUACUGCAAAAGAGCUAGAAAUAGCGACAAACAAAUAUGAUGAGAGUCGGAUCCUUGGUCGUGGAGGCUAUGGUACAGUGUACAAGGGAAUAUUAUCAGAUAACCGGGUAGUUGCGAUCAAGAAGUCUCAAAUAAUCGUCCAGAGUCAGAUUGAGCAAUUCAUAAAUGAGGUUGUCAUUCUAACACAAGUUCACCAUCGAAACGUGGUGAGGCUCUUGGGAUGUUGUCUAGAGACUCAAGUCCCAUUGCUCGUUUAUGAAUAUGUUUCCAAUGGUACUCUUUUUGAGCAUAUACAUCACAAAGUUGCUGGGUUAUCAUCUAUUUCCUGGGAAGGUCGUUUGAGGAUUGCUGCAGAAACUGCUGGGGCACUUGCAUAUUUACACUCUGCGGCUUCUAUACCUGUCAUUCAUAGAGAUAUAAAGUCUACUAAUAUACUAUUGGACGAAAAUUUCACUGCAAAAGUAUCAGAUUUUAGAGCAUCAAGGUUGGUGCCUUUGGAUCGAACCCAAAUAACCACAGUAGUUCAGGGAACGGUGGGAUAUUUGGAUCCAGAGUACUUCCAUACCAGCCAGUUGACAGAGAAAAGUGAUGUUUACAGUUUUGGUGUGGUUCUUAUCGAGCUUUUAACUGGAGAAAAGCCACUAUCACUUGAGAGAUCUCAAGAACAAAGAAAUCUUACGUCAUAUUUCAUUUUGUCACUGAAAGAUGGAGGACUCUUUGACCUUCUUGAUGCUCGAGUAACGAAGGAAGGCAAGCAAGAGCAAGUUGUAAUAGCUGCGGAGCUUGCAAAAAGAUGUCUAAACUUAAGGGGUCAAGAAAGGCCAAGAAUGAAAGAAGUAGCAGCGGAGCUGGAAGGUCUAAGAAGGAUGCUUAAGACGCACACAGGGACUGAUUGUCCACCAAAUCACAAAGAAGAGAAAACUAGCCUGCUUGAACCACAAGACCUCUAUACUGUGCCAUUAAGCUCUGAUCAAUAUAGUUUUCAGAAAAAUACGAUUACGGGUAUAAACAUCCGGUGCUGA